AUGGCGAGGAGGAAGAAGGACCCUUUCAGCGAUGACGACACCUCCACCGACGACGACAGCUUCGACGUGGCCGACGUGGACGACGAGGCCUUGAACGGCGUUUCGGGCUUGAACUCCUCGACUCGACCCGCGCACAAGCGGCCACGCCGCACCAAGGACGACGCCAUCUACGGCAUGUUUGGCGAAGGUGACCACAACGAGCACAACGGCAGCGCAGGUCGCACCGUACGAGCCAGGGAUGCGCGAGGCAAGAAGAUCGACUACCGCCGCGGACAGGCCUUCAUUCCCGCCUCGGCGUCUGCAGCAGCUGCCAGCACACAGCAUGGUGAAUCUUUGCACACGCAGGAAGCUGCAGCGAGUGGUUCGGGCGGCUCAGAUAGCUCGGAUUCGGAUUCGAACUCGGAGGCAGAGAUGCUGCAAGAUGCCGGCGGCGCAGAAGCGGGUGAGGAAGACGACUUUCAGCCUGCCUCAUUCCGAUCCAGCCGCGGAGGUAUUGGAUCACAUGGAAACGAGCAAGCGCCACGUCCUCAGCGUCCUCCUCCAACAGAACAACCUCAGAAGCGGUCGGGACGUGCAGGGAUUGGCGCUCGCGCAGGCAUCGGCAGCUCCUCCAGCAACAGGGACGGCGACGAUACCGCCUCGGCACCGCGCAGAACCGGGCUCACCUCGCUCUCGAUGUUCGUCUCGGCCGGAGCAUCCAGGCCAUCCGAACCAGCGCCACCAGGACCACCACCGACACCACCCGCGACUUUGGCGUCCACUUCAGACGCAGCGACAUCGACCACGGCACCAGAACCGCCAAGCUCAACAACAACACAGCAACCCGAUGCCAUCGCAGCCGUCGACGACCAAGAGAACCAAAUGUCAGCUGCAGGCCUGCCGACGUCCUUCUCCCGGCCCUCGGUGGCACCGUCGUCGGCGUUUCAGCGCACACGGAAGCCGGACGCGCCCGCCGUGCCACGCACGAGCAUCAAGUUCGGCGGCAAGUUCGACCCGUCUGCGUACCUGGCCUCCAUGGGCUGGACGGGCGGAGGCCUGGGCAAGGCGGGCCAGGGUAUUGUGAACCCGAUCGAGGUGCAGCUGCGACCGGAGCGCGCCGGUAUCGCGUACGGCGGGCUCAAGGAAAAGACGCAGCAGGCCAAGGACGAAGCGCGGCGUCGCGGCGAAGCUGUAUCGAGCGACGAAGAGACGCACGCGCGGCGUGGGCACGGGAAGAAGCGCCACGACAAGCACAGACGCAAGGCGGACGGAGAGGCAGCGGAGACGCCGCGCGCAUGGACCAAGAAGGAGAAGAAGCCGCGCAAGCCCAGGGUGGAGCAUCGCACGUACGAGCAGAUCCUCGCCGAGGUGGGCGCGGUACGUGCACCGUCGACGCUGGGCAAGAUCUACGAUGCCAGCAGCGGUGAGCUGCGCGAGGUAGCGGAUCUGGCUUCGGCACUCGGGAGCAGGGGUGCGCCGACGGCCGAGGCGAACGAGCUGCCGGAGCUGCAGCACAAUCUGCGCCUCAUCUGCACCACCAACGCCCAGACGCUCACGGCGCUUGCCCGGGAGGGCGCGCAGAUCCAGGACAGGCGACGCUGGCUCAGGCGCGAGGCGGAGCAGGCAGAGCGCCAGCGCGCGGCCGACGCGGCAAAGCUACAGCGUGUGCAGCAGGCGCUGGUGCUCGUGCGCGAGCUCGAGGCGGUGCAUGCGCGCGCUGCGAAGCUGGACCCCGACGCGACGCAAGACGCGCGCCUGGCUGCGCUCGAGGCGUUUACGCCCAUAGUCGCGCGGCUCGAGGCCCACGCGCGCGGGAUGGCCGAGUUGGCGCUGGACGAAGCGGUGGUGGGUGCGGCAGCGCCCUUGCUGCGUGCGGUGUGGACGGCAUGGCGACCGCUCAAAGAGCCGCAGCUGAUUGUGUCGAUGCUGCAGGCGUGGGCGGGGAUGUUGCACCCGCAAGAAACAGCGGGCGGCAAGGGCAAGCGCGUCAUGACGGCGUGGGAGGCGCUUAUUUGGAACGUCUGGAUGCCUCCCGUCCGCAGUGCGCUCAACGCAUGGAAGCCGCACCAUCCCUCGGCGGCCGUGGAGCUGCUCGAGGCAUGGCGCGGCGUCGUGCCGCAGUUUGUGUACGACAAUCUGGUGGACCAGAUCGUGCUUCCCAAGCUGCACUCCGCGCUCGGGGCAUGGGAGCCCAAGAGCAGCUGGCGGCUGGACCACGUCGUGUUCCCCUGGUUGCCCGUGCUGGGUACCCAACGUCUGGGCGAGGUGAUGGGCGAGGCCAAACGGCGGCUGCGCAGUGCGCUCAAGACGGCCGACAUCCCAGCCGGACCCGAUGGAGGGCUCGAGGCGUGGCGAAAGCUGUACGCGCAGAGCGGCGGCGAGUGGGACGCGCUCAUGCUGGCGACGGUCGUGCCGCGGCUGUCGAGCCACCUGCGUGGUUUCAAAGUGGACCCUGCAGACCAGAAGAUGGAUGUGCUGGAGGCGGUGUUUGCGUGGACAAAGGUGGUGCGGCGGUCGGUGGUGGCGCGCGUCGUGGCGGCCGAGGUGUUCCCGCAAUGGCUGGGUGUGCUGGGUGCAUGGAUUACGCAGCCGGGUGCGGAUCUGGACGAGGUGGCGCAGUGGUACGAGUUCUGGCGCGGCUAUCUGGAGCCGCUGUGCACGUCGGAUCCCACGAACCCCAUCAAUGCUGGCUUUGCCAUCGCGCUGGAUUGGAUUAAUCUUGCGCUCGAUACACCACCCGAACAAAGGGCGCAGCUCAAGCCGCCAGUGUACGUCCUGCCAUCUCGCCGGUCGGAGGUGAAGCCAGCUGCAGCGGGGGUGCAGGUGGCCGAGGUGGCGACGCUGCGCGAUGUGUUGGCCGAGGAGCUGGCUGUGCACGAUCUGUUCCUGUUCAAGACCGCACAGGUGCACAGGACGGGUCCGGCGAGCACGGCGACCGUGUGGAGGGUGGCGCGCGCGUUUGAAGCGACAGCCGCCGCAGCGGCCAAGGUGUAUAUCGACGACGAUGUCGUGUUCAGAAGCGACGAGCACGGAUGGACGCCCGUCAGCAUCGCCGAGCUUGUGCAGAGUCUCGCGUAG